ACACAAAUUGCCGUCACUGCAAUUUGCUCUUUGCGAGUCUUUAGUUUCGAAUUAGGGUUUCGCACAGAGUAGCCAUGGGAGUCUUCACAUUUAUCGUACGCAACUCCGGCGGCGAAUGGACAGCCAAACAACAUUCCGGCGACCUCGAGUCCUCCGCCGACUCCUCCUACGAACUCCAACGGAAGCUCGUCCAAGCCGCUCUCGCCGUUGACUCCUCCGGCGGCGUUCAGUCCUCUUACUCUCCUGUUUCCCCUUCCUCUGCCAUAUUUCAGGUAAUAGUGGGUGGUGCAGUAUUCGUUGGAGGUGGUGCGGUUGCAGCUGCACCCGCCGGAGGUGCUGCCCCAGCUGCUGAUGCUGCCCCGGCCGCUGAGAAGAAGGAAGAAAAGGUGGAGGAAGAGUCCGAUGAGGAUAUGGGUUUGGGUCUCUUUGAUUAGAGUUCUGUUUUUUGAGUUUUGAUGGAAGAAUUGUUUUAGUUUUUAAUCCUAUAAAUUAUAUUUGUGUAUUGCCUUUCGCUAGUUAAUGCUACAUUCAACUCCAUCAGAUAGAGUUUUUGUUUUUCUGUGAUGUGACCUAAAUCGUUCAUCUGUAUCGGGUUUUGCUAAUUAUUUCCUUUUAAAAAAUGCUCGCUCUUAAAUUUAAUAGAGUUCUACGUUUCCUUCA